AUGAGGUGUAGUAUUUGUGGCUCAACUGGCCAUAACAAAACCAUUCACCAUCGGAAUCUACCUCAAAAGGAAAAAACCCUAUCAAGGGGUAAAGGAAGAUCAAGAAAAAUAUCUAACCAAGACCCUGCAGUUGUUGCUGAUGAAGCAAAAGCAACUGUAAGAGUUAGGAGAAAGCUUGCAUAUGCAAGGCGAAAGGCUGCUGCUGCUGCUGCAAAGAAGGUUGCACUAUAUGCUUCCCAGCCAAAUGCAGCUGAAAUUGCUGGAAUAAGAUUGAGAGCAUCCAAGAGACAGAGAACAUAG